AUGUCCGCUGUCACCUGGGUGCGCUUUGGCAGCACUGUGCUGGUGUGCGGCGCAGUGAGCGGCUUGGGAAGCCGUCCCUGUGCUCUGGAAAGCCCCCGUGGCUGGGACAUGGCAGGUCCCGGAGCGCCGCAGGUCCCGGAGGGCAGCAGGCCCCGCAGCUCCCGGGCGGCGGGGACUGCAGAGAUCCUGCAGAGCUGGGAAAGGGAAUCGCUGCUCGGAGUAACUCCCCGUUUCUGGUGUGAAACCUGUAGCAAAGAAGCAGCUAAGUACAGAUGUCCACGAUGCAUGAAAUAUUCGUGCAGCCUCUUGUGUGUAAAGAAACAUAAGCUUGCACUGAGCUGUAAUGGAGUCAGGGAUAAAACAGCGUUUGUCUCUGUAAAUGAAUUUACUGACUUGAACCUUCUGAGUGAUUAUCGUUUCCUGGAAGAUGUAGGAAGGACAGCUGAUGCUGCUGCUCGACAUUGUAUUGUGCAUAAUCCGGCAACAAAAAGACUUUUAUACUGCUUAAGGAACAAAGCUCGAGGGUGUAAUAUUGAGCUAAAAACACUGCCUGUUGGAUUUACAAAAAGAAGAGAAAAUUCUACCACCUUCAAUUCCGUGGAGAACAAGUUCUACUGGCAUUUGAAGCUCGUAUUUCCUCACUGUCAUGCUGAAUACACUUUAAAAGGGGUGCCUGAUGAUAAAACACUUGCUGAUAUCCUCAAGCCAUACAUUGAUCCAGUGGAGUCAGAUCCUGUAGUUUGUCAAAGAUUAAAAAUCUAUACAGCAUCUCCUCUAUCAGAUGUACGAAUUUUAAUGAAAAUAGAAAACAGGAGCCGAAAUUCUAUCAGGUACAAUGAACUGGAUGCCAGUAGAAGCCUUCUAGACAAUCUGAAAGGCAAAGUAAUAAUUGAGUAUCCAACAUUAUUUGUGGUCUUGAAAACACUGAAGAAUGACAUGGUGGUUCUUGGCCAAGAUGGCAGUGAGCCUGCAGAGAACUCAGACAGUUAAAGCUCAUCCCUUUCAUCUGUGGAAGAAGGGGAGGUUCGGGACAGUUUAUGACAGUUCUUUGAGAGAAGAGGAUGGAAUGAGCUUUUAUUUUUUUUAUUAUUUAAUUAAAUUUUUUUAAUACAACUAAGUUCCUAGAGCUUCCUUUACUAAAAGUAGCACUCUGAAAGUGCUUGACUAUUUUUGGAUUUAAUAAUGCAUAUUUAGGGAUGUAAAUAAAAGGAUGGGGAAUUGUGGUUUCAGAAAAAAGAAAUACUCUCAUUUCAUUGCUGUCUUUAAUUGCACCAUUGUUUUUCCUUUUUUCCUAACCAGCUUAGUGCCAAAUUUUUGGGUUUAAAUACCUGAUUGCAUAUUUGUAUUUAUACAUGUGUGUGAGUCUUAAUGCUUAAAUUUGCUGGAAGAAAAGUACAGUUAUUUCAUUAGAUCAAUUUCCUUUUACAGUGUUUCUGUGUAAAACUGAGCUGCCACAUAGUUUCAUGUUAUUUUUGAUCUUCCCUGGUGACAUUUUGGGUGCUUGAUGCAAUACUUUUUUUUUUGUUCCUUACUUAGUUGCAUCUUGUUUCGUGUGUUAAUGGACAGGUCAGACUGUGUUUUCAGGAUGGCAUGUUGUAGUGUGUUUAGUCUUCUCUCCAGAUCUUCUAAAUUAGCAUGGGUUUUUAAAUCCAUAGAAAUGGGUGCAUAGACUGGCACUAAUGCAAAUAACACUGGACUUCUAAAGAAUGCUUGUGUUAUGCAUCUCAUAUUCCUAGUACCUACUGAAGUUAGGUAUUGUAAAUACUUACUGGCAUAUCAGCUAAAUUUAUCUACUUAAAAUCAAAUCAAUCGUAAAGGAAAAAAAAAGAAUCCUGUAUUGUCUGCUGACAGUUGUUAACUUCUGGAAAGAUUCUUAGCUCACAGACAACUUAUCCUGUAUCCAAGUCCCCUAUGCCUGUGGGGUCUGUUGGAGGAUGAGAACAGCAAUGUCACAAGUGGUGCAAGCCAGGUGAGACCCUCUCCCCACUGCACCGGGGCAUUCUCAGGAAUCAGUGUCAGACUCUGUCUUAAUUUUUGCAAGGGUCUGGCCAAGCCAGUAUUUGUAAAGUCUUCAGGAUGUAAUCAGUCUAAACAGCGCUCUGAGGUUGCUGCUGCCUUAGUUCCCAGGCUCUGUCUCCUGCUUGAGACAGGCACCUUUGUGUGUUGGUGGCCUGGGGUGUGUGCUGAAUUACCAUGAAGGUGGUAUUUCAGUCAUAAGUGUUCUUCUGCCAGUGCCAAUGUUGUAGGUAGAAACACAAAAGACGACAGUGAAGGAGCUUCUGGAGGGAACAGGAGGCUGUGGGAGCAAUACAGGGAGGGUUUAGGCUUCUGGCUUCUGGACUCUCAGUCUGGAAUUUAGGGCACCAGGCUGCUGGGUCCUCACCAGUCAUGCUGCAUGGAGGGGAUUUUUGAGAUGUUCAAAAUUUUAGAAGGUUUUUUUUUCCCCUUGUAAAGAAACUGGAGUUAAGUUGUUUGCCAUGAUAGCUCACUACUGAAGUUUGGCCAGAACGUCAGACCUUUGUGGUCACAUACUACUUUUUCUCCCAGUGGUAUCAUGUGUCCUUUCUCUUGUGUGUUUUGCAACCUCUGGUGAAACAGGAAAGUUUUUCUUCUUGCCUGGCAGUAGCCACCUGUGCUCUAUUUUCUUUCUUAGUCAUUGUUGGUCCUCUGCCCGCCUCUUGUUUCAACAUUUGUUUUUUUAACCCUUUUUAAAGGAUCGGGAUUCCUAGGUAUAGGUGCUGCUUUCAUAUUUUUUUCAGUUCAGUGAAAGUGAAUAAGCUUUUCCUAAUCAGUGAUUGCUGCACACUGACUUGGUAAUCACAAAUUACUUUAGACCAGUCUUGAAUUCAUUCAUAGUAAUACCAAUAAAAGAGGCAAAUAGCAAAACUGCCACAGUUCAUUUGCCAGAAAAUGUUUCAUCUGGAGUAAAAGCAUGGCAUUUCUUUUGGAUUCAGAGCAUAGUAAAAAUGAGAAUGCUGCAAACAGUAGUGUUGAUCUGUAUGUGUGUGUGAUUAGUCUUGAGGAGCACAGAUUUGUGAUUUGCAUUACUUUCCUGUGCUCUUGGGGGUUUUCAUUAAUUGUACGAAAGGGUUUGCCUGGGGGGUGGGUUUUCUCAUAUAAAUCCAUUUUAAGCUUCCUUGUGAGUAAAACACAAUUUAUUUUUUAAUGAAGAUGCUGUUUAAUCUAUCCUUCAAAUUUACCUUAAAGAAGGCUUUAAAAAAUUAAGGCGCAUUCCUGUGGUGGUUACUUGAACUGAAAUUUCCCAGACAAAGCUAGGAAUAAUCUCCCAGAGUUCAGUCAAAACUGAGAGUAAAAGGUAGCAUUUGCCAUUCGUUCCUAGGUUACUACUUACCUAUUUUUAGUUACACUAGUCUGAGCAGAGGUAAUUGAUCAAAUACAAACCAAAGUGCAAUUCAAAUAUUUUAUUCAGUUUUCCUAAACUUUUUCAGUUUUUCUUUAUAAUAAGAAAUCAAAAUUCUUCAUAUUAGUAGUAAUUCUUCAUAAUAAUGAUGUUACUGAUUUAAUCAAAGUUUAUGCACUGUUGUGCUAGGCAGAUGUUUUUUUAACACUUUCAUAGGCAGUUAAGGAAAGUUCUUAAUUUCUUUCUGAGUGACUUAACCUGUAACAGGCAUCUUGUAAUAAAGUGAAAAGACAAAAAGCACCUUCUGGAAUUUUUCAAUUUCUGGUCAAGAACUAGACAUUUAAGAUAAGGAGCUGAGGCUGCCUAGAAGGCUUCAGUUCUGUCCAUUUUGAAAACAUACUAUUGCAGUCAUAUUCUACACAGAUCCCUACAGGACUCUGCCUUGUUUCAGAACAGAUCAUGUCUGUGAAUGAGAACUGUGUGAUGUUGUUUUAAUCUUCAUCAUUCAGCACCAGCUUUCAUUGAGUGCUUGAUUUUAUGCCUGCUAUGCUUACACAUUUCCUCUAUAAACUAUUUGUCACAGAAGGAGCAAGCUAUUUCUGUGUAGUGUUAUUACAGCAUUUCAUUUAAUGUUUAGACUUUUCAGCAUGCUUGAGCUGGAGGACUAUCAGCUUACAAAGAAUAAAGGCUCUUGUCUUGAAUGAACACACUACUUAAAAAAAUUAAAAGCUUAAUGAUGUCAUCCCUUUCACAAACCUUAAAGGACAAAAAUAGAGCAUAGCUAAGCACACAGCAAUAGCUGGGAGGUAGGAGUGAGUCAGCCAUGGGAGAGAAUUCAGUUCUUUUCCUUUUCUGUGUAGCUUCCUGGGGGUAAGAUUGAGUUGUCAUGGGUAAACAGCAUUGUACCGCCUGUCAGUGUAACAGCUCAGUUUUGAAUGAACACAUUUGAAUUCUAAGUUUUGCUGCAUUUAUCUUGGCAUUAGGAAUUGUUGAUCCAUAGAGGAAAAGAGGGUCAUGCCACAGAAUGUGUGGCUGGCACUGGUCCUUAGAGACAUGCUGGACCAGUUGUUACUCCAGUCAACAGUGCAGUUUUACUCUGCGUUAGAGGAAGGCUUUGUGCAGAACGUGGACUCCAGUCUGAAGCAGUACAUGGAUUUCUAAGUUCAUGGGAGCGCUGAUAGCAAGUCAUAGCUACGUGUUGUGUAUCAGCAUAGCUGGGAUUCAGUCCUUGCCCUGCCACAUACGGCUGUUCUCUGUUGACAUCUGUAGGAGCUGAGAAUGUAUAACACCGUGCAAGAGCAGGCUUUCCAAGAGUAAAUAUACAGCUGUGAUGAUGUAACUUCAGGCCCUGUUUAGUCACAAACAUUUCAUUCUCCUUGAAGUCCCACACUCUUUUCCUGAAAACAUUUAUUCUUCUCCCCUCCAAAGGAAAAAAUAUCUUGAAUUGAUGUUUAUGUUGUUGCUAUGACAUUCGGUUAAACUGUAUGCAGAUGCAGAUUCUGUUAAUAAGAGAAAAAGAAAUGAACUGUGUACUUCAGUGAACAAAGAUUACACUGUGUUUGUAUUAAAAUGUUGCUAUGGUAGUGCA